AUGAGACGUCACAUCGGAUGGUUAGGCCAACCAUUGCGGAAGCUGGUCGAAUUGGCUGAGAGCUCUAAGAAAAUUACUGCUGAUGCAGACUUCUUGGAUUAUUACAGGCACCAGUUGGAUCUAUUGGCACAAAUGUGCCAGGAACAACAGUACUUAGCCAUAGAUCCGCCCCCUGAACGCAAGCUCCUGAACAUUUCUCAACAACUACCAGCUGAACUUGUCCUGAGAUGUAUGUCGGACUCUCGGUUGCCGUGUGAGGUGCGUGCAUCGUUUGCUCGUCUCAUGUUGCACUUGCAUGUGGUCCGUGGAAGUCCGUUGAGCGCCAUCCGCCACGCUCGCCUGUGGACAGACAUAACCAGCGAGGUUAAAGUGCAAUCAUACAAAACCACUUCCGUCGAAGGUUACGGUGACGGCGGUCGAUCUCGAGUUGGAGACAAAUUCGCAACUGAUGUACUGAACACAGUCGAGGACUACCUGAAUUCGUUGCGAGACAGCUACCAAUCUGGUCCAGUACUGCACAAAGACGCAGCCAGUGUUGCUCGUAAUAAACUUACGUACGAGAUGGUAACGCUGGCCAAAGCGCUGGCGCAAUUCGGCUACUACACCUUCGACAAUUUGCUGACACUCACGAAAAAUCUUCUCAAUAUUGUCGACAACAGCCCUCACAGAGCCAAAACAGCUCGUACCGUGUCCCAUGGGAUGACCAUGAUUCACCGGGUUACCCAGUCUGUAAUUGGAACUGGUACCAAGAAAGAUUGGCGACGGUGUUAUAAAGCCAUCAGAUAA